AUGUCUUCUUCCUGUGAGCGGGAAUUUCGAGAGCGGUCCCUGAAGAUGACAAAUGAGCUGGAGCCUGGAGAUGAGGAGCUGAGCCGCCUGAAGGAGGAGAAUGAGAGGCUCCGCUCCCUGACCUUCAGCCUGGCGGAGAAGGACAUUCUGGAGCAGAACCUGGAUGAGGCCCUGGAGAGCAGGCAGGAGCUGGUGAACCGCAUCCACUCUCUGAGGGAGCGGGCCAUGGCCGCUGAGAGACAGCGAAAGCAGUACUGGGAAGAGAAGGAGCAGACCCUGCUCCAGUUCCAGAAAACCAAGGUGGACUGCGAAAUGUACAGGGAGAAGAUGAACGUCCUGCAGAGCCAAGUGGUCGAGCUGCAGAAGGAGCGGGACCAGGCCUACUCAGCAAGGGAUGGAUCCCAGAUGGAGAUUUCUCAGAACCUGGCAGAGAAGGACGCACUCCGCAGGAAGGUGUUUGAGCUGACAGACCAGGUCUGCGAACUGCGCCAGCAGGUCCAGCGGCUACAAGUGCAGGCCGAGUCGCUGCCAGGGGUGAGCUCUCAGGAGGCGGGAGCCAGGGAGCCCUGUCCGAAGAGGAAGCAGCGGCUGGUGCGCAUGUUUGCUCUCUGCCCGUGGGACGACAGUGACGGCAGCUCCUCUGAGUCUCAGCUCUGGUCUGACCUGAGCACCACGUCCAGCCGAGAGCUGGUGGAUAGCUUCCACUCCAGCAGCCCUGUGCCUCCCAGCCAGCAGUUCCUGUACAAGCGGGCCACAGAGGACUUCUGGGAAGACCCCUCGUCUUUCAGUGGCUGCCCCAAAACCCUGGAGGUGGACCAGGGAGGCUCCCUGGGUGCUAAGAAGGGUGAUGCAGAUUUGGAUUACGAGAUUGUAGAUAGGGCAGACCUCCCUGAGUCCGAGAACAUCCUGCAACUGUCUUCUGGGGGCCUCCACCUCGCCGCCAGUGUCCUGGUGAGGCGGAGGCCAGCCCGCAAGAUCCUGAGCCAGGUCACGGUGCUGGCCUCGGGGGACACGCUGCUGGAGCAGAUAAGCGUUAUUGGCGGGAACCUCACAGGCAUCUACAUUCAUCGGGUCACCCCGGGCUCCGCAGCAGACGAGAUGGUCUUGUGCCCCGGCACCCAGAUUGUGAUGGUGAGUGUGGCACCAACCCUCGAGCCCCCAGGAUCCUCUCAGGGGUGGGGUCAGUGGGAGGGGCAGGUAACCCAGGAAGCCACAGCUCAGCAGCUGCUCAUCGCCCUCAUCCAGGACAUGGCUCAUCAGAGCACCAUGGCCCACAAGCAGCCUUCUGGGGGAGCCCAGAAGCUGGUCCGCAUCGUCGGUAUGGACAGAACCAAGGCCAGCCCUCUGUGGUCAUCCUUUGAUGGGGGCCAGUUGGACCCAAGCCAGGUAGAAGGUGAGGCGGACCCCUCCACUGUGUGCUUCUGGGCCGAAAGCUACUUCACCCUGGUGCCCUACACCCCGGUGCACAGCCACAGGCCCAGCCGGCCCCGGCCAGUGCUCUUCGUGCCCAGGGUGGUCGGGAAGAUCCUGAUGGAGAAGCUGUGCCUCUUCCAAGGGUAUAAGAAGUGCCCAGCAGCAUACUUGAGCCAGGAGGAGUAUGAUGCCUCCAGCCAGAGAGGGGACAUCAUCCAGGAGAGGGAGGCGCCUGGUGGUCGCUACUGUGUCACCUGCAGAGCAGUCGAGUCCCUCAUGAGAAAGAACACCCACGCCCUCCUGGAUGUCCAGCUGGACAGUGUCCGCGUCCUGCACAAGAUGGAGAUCUUCCCCAUCAUUAUCCACAUCUCCAUCAAUGAGAAGGUGGCAAAGAAAUUCAAGAAGGCUCUGCAGCAGCUCGGCACCGCAGAGAACCAGCUCCUGGAGGCUGCCAGGCAAGAGGAGGGUGAGCUGGAUGAAGUGCCCUGUCUGUACAGCAGCCUGGCCCCCGACAGCUGGAGCGACCUGCAUGCCCUGCUCAGCUGUGUCCGCCUGGCCAUUGCAGAUGAGCAGAAGAAGGUUGUGUGGACAGAGUAGAGGCCUUGCUGAUGGCCCCUGU